GUGAGGCCUUAUUUUUCUAUUCUUCCGUACAGACAAAUAGUAUGUGUUUUACAAUGAAAACAUCCUGUGUGCGAAGAAGAUACAGAGAAUUUGUAUGGCUGAGGCAAAGACUCCAAAGUAAUGCGUUGCUGGUGCAAGUGCCAGAAUUGCCAUCGAAAAACCUAUUUUUCAAUAUGAACAACCGCCAGCAUGUUGAUCAGCGUCGUCAGGGUUUGGAAGAUUUCCUCAGAAAAGUCCUGCAGAAUGCACUUCUACUCUCAGACAGCAGCCUCCACCUCUUCCUGCAGAGUCACCUGAACUCCGAGGACAUCGAAGCAUGUGUCUCUGGGCAGACCAAGUACUCAGUAGAAGAAGCAAUUCACAAGUUUGCUUUGAUGAAUAGACGCUUCCCCGAAGAAGACGAAGAAGGGAAAAAAGAAAAUGAUAUAGAUUAUGAUUCAGAAAGUUCAUCCUCUGGGCUUGGACACAGCAGUGAUGACAGCAGUUCACAAGGAUGUAAAAUAAGUACAGCGCCACAGGAAUCCUGAAAAAUAAUUCUAAAGGCAUUACCUUAGGAAUAGCAAAUUGUGUCCAGUCCAUAGAGAAGAGAGCUUGCUUGUAAUAAAUCCUUACCUAAAGCUCACUGUCACGAUACUACGUAUUUAAAUUCUUAAAGACAGUGGGUGGUUCGUUUAGUAAUGGUAUGUAUUUUUAUGUUGUCUAAUGUUAGCCAUGCUUCUGUUUAAAGCAAAAGAAAAAAAAUCUGUGAAUGCCAUACAGUCCUUAUUGCCCAGUGUUACUGGUAAAGAAGAUCCUGCCUUCAACGCAACUGAUUUGUAUGUUUGAAAAAAAAAAAAACAACCCAACUUAGUUGAUUUUUAUUGAAUCCUAAAAGAGAAGUAAGAUAGCAUUUGAAACCCAAAUAGAGCAAAGGGGCAAUUCUUGUGAAUGCAGUGUAUGUGACGUUGGCUACCGCAAAGGGGACAGUGUAGAGCAACCUGCCCCUCAGACAGGUGGCUGCUACUCUGUGGCUACCUCCCCUGCACUGGCAAAAAACACUUUGCUUUUGCGUGUUUAACUGAACUAUUUAAGAGUAUUUAACCUUUCCAGUAUUCUAUUUCACACUUAGAUGGAAAAAUGUAUCUUAAGAUUAGAGCUAUAUUAAAAAUAAUGUUUACAUCUUAGGAAAAAAAGGCAGAAAUAGUGCUAGUAAUUUUAUUUAGUCUUGCAAUAUGUAGAUUCAGAAGUAGAUUUUCAUUGUCUAAAACCCACUUAAAUAUGGUUUUUGACAACCAGUCAUGUGUUUUCAUUAUCAUUGGGUAAUUAGAAUUAUAGCUUAAUGACUUAUUUUUUGACCAAAUGUGUAUAAUUUUUUUAAAUUACUCAACAACUUUCAUCAACACUAGUAGCUACUUACUUACUACUUGUGUUUUUAAAUCACAAGGACCUUAAAAAUUAAUAUGUUUAAUUUUAACUAAGAAGUAUUCCCCAUAUUUUGGAAAGGAUGUCAACUUGCUACUUUCCGAAUUUAUUCUGCACUUUUUGGAGCCCCUUCAUAGUAUGUAUCUACCUUGAGAUGGCUCUAAUUUCAACAAAAUGCCUUUUCUUAGUGGUCCAAAGAUUAGAUGUUUUAGAUAAACUACUUUGAACUUCAAAUUACAGAAGUUUUGUUUUCCCCACUUGAAUGGUACAGAAUACUGUGUGAAAAAAACAGGAAGAUACUUUCAUAUAACUUGGCUAACUUGUUGCUUUGAUUAAAUGUUACCUAGUCUCACUGGCUGCUGCAGCAAAAGAAAAAAAAAUCCAUUUCAUUUUAUUUUAACUAGGAGCUGAAAAGUUACUGUAUUAUUAAAAACUCCAAGAUAAUAGUUUCAAAGAACUAACUAAAGA